AUGACCUGGAUCUUGGCGUCCACGGUUCGCCUCAGCGAGUCCACCAGGUUCGGGAAGCUGAGCCGCGCGUACUCCCCACGGAGCUUGAAUUCUGAAUUGGCAGUUUUCGAGGGAGCAAGCAGCGAAGGACCCGAACAAUUAUUUCAAUUUGAGGGGGAUGUGGAGAUGGCGGCAGCAGAGGCGGGAGCCGAGGGAGGAGCUGCCGAGCUGGACGAUAUGAAGAAGAGGCUGAAGGAGAUGGAGGACGAGGCCGCCGCUCUCCGCAAAAUGCAGGCGAAAGUCGAGCAGGAGAUGGGCUCCGUUCAAGGAGAUCUGCAUCUAAUCAGCAAAUAG